AUGUCACGAGAAUACCACAUUAGCAGAGUACUGGAUGAAAACGAAGCAGUUCGUCAGCUUUUUUUCGAAAAGAAUAAUUCACCGAAAGUAGCGGAGAGUAAUUUCAGAAAAUCCGUUCCGACACGAGAUUCUUGGGAAAAAUUUUAUGCUCAAAUUGGGACGUGCAGCGUUUAUAACAAUGACCAAACUGUAGACGAUCUUUUGGCGGAUCUGAACAGUGCCACUAUCAAAGCUGUCCAUAUCAUGGAUGGAGGAACUCAGGCAAAACUUGUGUUCACCUUCGACAACGACAAACAAGCAGUUUUCAAGCCUAUGAGGUUUGGCCGCGAUUAUGAGUCGGAUCCAAAUCACUUCUACUUCAGCGACUUCGAGCGCCACAACGCUGAGAUAGCUACCUUCCAUCUGGACAGGGUUCUUGGCUUUCGGCGUGCCGUUCCAACCGUGGGAAGAAUCGUGAACAUGACGUCUGAACUGUACGAAAAGGCGGAGAAAAAACUGAAGAAGACAUUCUUUAUAUCACCUGCGAAGAACCACUGCUUCGUCUCGCGAUGUGACUACUACUGCGACACGACUCACGCCAUCUGUGGUCUUCCUGAUCUCAAGGAGGGCUCUGUUCAAGUUUUUCUCCCAGACGAAUCGGUCGUUCCACGAAGACAUAAUCGCAGUCCAUACAGGAGAGUUGCCGACCAAGCAUAG